CCCCUACUAGAAUUUGAGUUUUUCUGACAGCUGGAUGAUGACCUAGAUAAUCAUCCAAUUAAUAUCAUACAAUUUCAAUUCAUGAUCGGCUGCAAGAUUUUAUGUGCCCCAUUAUGGCUGACUCUGCGAUUCAGCGGCAGUAUACCCUGUCCAACAUUCGAGAGGACUACGUCGAAGCCCCGGAAGAUGAAGCUCCUCUGGACUCGGUCGAGCAGGAACUGCUCCCCAUUACUCGAAAACGGCAAAUUAUUGUGCUCUUCUCAAGCUUCAUGACUGCUUUCCAAACCAUUGGCAUUAACCAGUCAUAUGGUGUUUUCCAGGGUUACUACAUUGCCAGCAAUGGCGGACCAGACGCCGUUAUCACUGCGAAGCAGGCACAAAAUAAAGCGCUUGUGGCAUUUGUUGGUACUCUCGGCGCUGGGCUAACUUGGGCCGGAAGCAUUUUUGUGAACCCGUUGAUGGCACGAUCCAAGGAUUUGAGACAGAUUACUUUGACUGGUGCCGCUUUGAUGAGCUUGGGCUAUGGGCUUGCUGGCUCCUGCUCGCAAAUUUGGCAACUUAUCCUCUGUCAAGGCUUUUUGUAUGGCAUUGGUAGUUCCAUGCUUUAUUUUCCUAUUUUGAGCGUGGCUCCGGAGUAUUUUGAUUCCCGGCGUGGAGCCGCCAUGGGUUUCAUUCUUUCAGGUGCCGGAGUUGGAGGCCUGGUAAUGGCGCCCGUCAUCAGAGUUUUACUUGACCAUAUUGGGAUUCGAUGGACAUUGAGAGCUUUGUGCUUUAUUAACCUUGCUAUUGCUCUUCCAAUUGGUCUUUCAGCGAGUCCAUCUCGAAGUAGUCGCCAGCGGCCAAGUUUAGUCAAUAUAUCCUUGGCGAAAAAGCCUGCUUUUACUCUCCAAGCCCUGGCUGCGCUGCUACAGGCCUCAGGCAACUUUGUACCGUUGAACUUUUUGCCAGAGUUUUCGACGGCGCUUGGGUACACAGCAGGGUUCGGUGCUGCGUUGCUUGCAUUGAGCAACGGCGUCAAUACUGCUAGUCGGAUUGCAAUGGGCUUCACUGCUGACAAGGCAGGACGCCAAAAUACCUUGGUCUUGAGUGUCCUGGGCAGCGCAGUGAGCGUUUUCGCUUUUUGGAUGAGCUCCUUGGAUGGAUCUAAGGCUCUAUGGAUCACUUUUGUCGUCGCAUACGGUAUUCUCGCUGGAGGAUAUAAUGCACUUUUCCCCACUACCAUUACAGAGGUUUUUGGAAUCCAGGCCUAUGCGUCAGUAAAUGGGUUCAUCUAUUUUGUCCGCGGUCUCGGAGCUUUCUUCGGCACGCCAGUUGGCGGUAUAAUCAUGGGAAGUCAUGGAUCGAACAGCUCUGUCAUUACCUUGAAAGAUUACCGAAAACUUAUCUGGUACGAUGGGGCGCUUCUUCUUGGAUCCAGUCUCUGCGUAAUGGCAGUGAGGGGUUUCGAUGCGUAUGAAAAGAAGCACUGGCGGUGGAAGGCUUAACCCACGAGAACUUGAAGGUCGGGUCUCAGCACGAUAAGAAUAUUCUCUAUUUGACGAAGGCGGCAUUGAUUUUUACGGCAUUGCGAUAGAUUGGACUUCGAUACGCAUAAUGUUCAAAUCAAUAUGAACUUGCACCUCUAUGUGCG